AUGGAGAGUGCGGCGUUCAAUGCCACCAAGGAGCAGCCGUUCCUCUUCUGGUACCAGUUGGAGGGUUCGAGCUGCGCGCUGGAAGUGCAGUACAAGACCUCAGCGGGCGAUUGGCUGAGGAUCUUUCGGCGCACCAACAGCACAGAUUCCUGGCAACAAGCCAUCAUCAGGGUCCCUGAAGGUGGCCUUGGCUUGCGAUUGUUGGCAAGCACGGCCAGUGCUCAGGACGUCGUGAGGAUCGACGGGCUGCUGGCAGCAAACGCGGUGGGCAGCCUGGCAGACGCCGGCUGCAGCUUCGAGACGGACUUUUGCGGGUGGGCUCACAAGGGGAGAAAUUUGUGGCGUCGUUGGUCAGGCCCCACUCAAUCAGCAUCUACUGGGCCAUCAGGGGCUGCCGAAGGCAGCUGGUAUGUUUACGCGGAGGCCUCCGCGAGCCCGAACAAGGUCUUCGAGCUUAUCAGCCCGGUGCUUCCCGUAUCAUCUACAACAAGGCACGUGCACUUUUCUUACCACAUGUACGGCUCAGAUGUGGGCAUUCUGUACCUAUCUUGUCUUCAGCGGGGCGCAUUCAGAGUCUUUUGGGCUCGACGUGGAGCGCAGCCACGAGGCUGGAACACUGUCUUGAUCACGCUGCCGGCCGACGUUGAAAUGUUGGUGCUCGGAGGGAUAACAGAUGACCAUUUUCGAGGUGACAUGGCCAUGGACGCCAUCGGCUUCGGCAUCCCAACUGUGGAGUUUUGGGAGCUCUCUUGCAGCUUCGACUUCAAUCGGCUCUUUUCGGAGUGCCUGUGGUUUGAUCCAGGCAACUCUACCUGGCAGCAGAGCGGUGGCCUAGUCGAUGAGAGCACACUCCUUGGUGAAAACACAGGCAACCGCUGGCUCGAGGCUGCCGGGAGCAGCUCCGAUUCCGAAGGCUUUGUCAUGGAGAGUGCGGCGUUCAAUGCCACCAAGGAGCAGCCGUUCCUCUUCUGGUACCAGUUGGAGGGUUCGAGCUGCGCGCUGGAAGUGCAGUACAAGACCUCAGCGGGCGAUUGGCUGAGGAUCUUUCGGCGCACCAACAGCACAGAUUCCUGGCAACAAGCCAUCAUCGGGGUCCCUGAAGGUGGCCUUGGCUUGCGAUUGUUGGCAAGCACGGCCAAUGCUGAGGACGUCGUGAGGAUCGACGGGCUGCUGGCAGCAAACGCGGUGGGCAGCCUGGCAGACGCCGGCUGCAGCUUCGAGACGGACUUUUGCGGAUGGGUUGGCAACUGGCAGCGGUCUGAUCAGUCGGCCUUCCGGGGCGAUUGGUCCGUGCAAGUGUUGCCUAAGUUUGCCGUGGACAAGGAGGCUACAAUCACAAGCCCGGCUUUCCCCUCGACCACUAGCGUUUGGUACGUGGAGUUUGCAUAUCGUAUGCUGGGAAGCGGGAUCGAUGGCCUACAGCUGCAGUAUCUGCGUAGAGGAGCCUGGUGGAAGCGCUGGUCUCGAGAGACCUCGCAGGGUGACGUGUGGCUCCAGGCCAAGGUCACUUUGCCAGUUGGCACCGAGAUGUUGCGCUUUGCAUGUGUUGGUCUCGAUGGCAUGCUUAGUGAUUCUGUGGUUGUGGAUCACGUGCACGUUUGGCAACCAUCGACCGCAUCCGCACCAUUCCUCUCAUCGUUGGCCGCUGGUUCAGUGCACAACUGCGCCGUGCUUGCCUCGGCAAGACAAGUCAAAUGCUGGGGGGCAGGUUUUGCUGGUGUACUUGGCUAUGGCAGCGAAGCACACGUUGGCAGUAACCCGGGCCAGAUGGGCGUUUUCCUUCCCCCCGUGGACCUUGGAGCCGCAGCUGUGCAGGUCGCUUGUGGAGUAGGUCACAGCUGCGCCGUGCUUGAGGGUGGAGGGCUGAAGUGCUGGGGCCAAAAUUUGGACGGACAGCUGGGCUCCAGCCUGCCAGUUCUCAUCACUGCAGGUGCCACUGCUGGCUAUGCGGCGGACACGGCGGUGAUCGGAGAUCAGGAGAACGAGAUGGGUGCCAAUCUCCCGCCCGUUGACUUGGGCACAAAUGCGACGGUCGAGCAGGUUGUCUGCGGUUCCUGGCACACCUGCGCCUUGCUUCAUGGCGGUGUGGUCAAGUGCUUCGGCUGGGGCCCUGCCCUAGGCUUGGGUGAUUGGCGGGGGCCUCAGGGAGCCGAAGCUUUGUCUGACGCUGCUGUGCGGGUGCAUGGUUUGAUGAACCGUGGUGAGAGCGAGGGCAGGAAGAUGGGAGACGAGCUUCCAACAGUGGAUCUGGGGACGGGAUUUGUUGCUGUCCAACUUGCUGCUGGCAAUACUCACACCUGCGCCUUGUCCCAUGCAGGCGCCGUGAAGUGUUGGGGCUUUGGCCAGGGCGUUGGGUUGGGAUUAGCAGCUUACGGCCUGGGCAUUGGCGAGGGAUUCGCCGUCGGCGAUCAGCCUGGCCAGAUGGGCGACUUCUUGCCGCCCUUGGACUUGGGUGUGGAUGCAGUCCAGAUCUCUGCAGGAAUGGAUAGAAGUGCGGCGGCCGCCUGCCUGAGCUUCCUAAUCAUACUGCUUUCCGUUCCCUGCGCUCAGGUUCUGGCGGAUGGCUCCAUCAAAGAGUGGGGACCGAUGGGCCAGCCAGGCCCAGGCCUUCUUGCCGUUGACCUGGGCACCGGCAUGAUCGCCCUCCGUGUCGCCAGUGGUUGGCUUGGGUAUGGCGACACCAGUGAUCUUCCCGAACCUCCCCGCAACCCGAUCGACCUGGAUAAUCGCCAAGUUCUGCAAGUGACGGCAGGCUCUGGUCACACAUGUGCUCUCUUGAAUGAUGACAGCAUCAGAUGCUGGGGCGGUAACAGCAAUGGGGAGCUUGGAAUCGGCAGCAGCGUCAGUGUGAGCGUGAAUGAGGGACAGAUGGGUUCGGCCCUGGUCGCAGCGGACGUAUUCGUGGUGACUCCGGGUGCUGGCCUUGAAGGCGUCCGUCUGGAGGGCAUGGAGGGUGAUCAGCUAGGCCAAUUACAAGGACAAGUGCAUCUCCAGUACAAUGGCUCCUUUGGCCAGGUUUGUGAUGACCAGUGGAACGAUGCAGCAGCGCAAGUCACUUGCCGGGACCUGGGUAUGGCUGGCGGCCGCGCUGUGGUUCUGGGUGUCACAGGCGCUGCUGACAUUGUGGCCGACAACGUCGUGUGCCAGGGAACGGAAGUGAGCCUUCGGGAUUGCCGUUUUCGGGGAUGGAAGCUGCAUGACUGCUCGCCACAGGAAGCAGCAGGCGUGCAGUGCCAGACCGAUGCUUGGAGCGACUUCUCCACCGUCGGCCCAGCUGGGCGCCAGGACCACACAAUGGUUUGGGACCCGGAGAGCCAGUCGGCACUGCUCUUCGCGGGCCACGCCAGUGGUGCUUUCCUCUUCUUCAGCGACCUCUGGCGGUACAGCUGGUUAUCGCGCGACUGGGCCGAGAUCAAUGCCCUGGGAGGCCCCAGCUCCAGGUCAGGCCACACAGCCGUUUGGGAUGCAGCAUCGCACUCCAUGCUGGUCUUCGGGGGCCAGCACAAUGGCUUCUACGGCGACCUGUGGCAGUUCCGAGCGCAGCUCAUGUCUUGGGAGCUCUUGACCCAAGCACGGAUGGCACGGGCCUACCAUUCCGCUGCAUGGGACCAGGCCGGGAGGGCCAUGUACGUUUUUGGUGGUGAAAAUAUCGGUGUGCUCGCCGAUCUGGAUCGCUACAGCCUAGCUGAGAACGUGUGGUGGACGUCCACAGCAUCGGGUCCAGGAGCAAGGAGCAGACACACUGCCAUCUGGGACUCCGUCACCAGGUCUAUGCUGAUCCUUGCCGGCUGGGAUGGCCAGCAGUACAUGUCGGGGCUCCACCGCUACGACUCCUGGGCAGACAACUGGGAAGAGCUCUCGGCAGCCUCGGCAGCCGGCCCAUGGCCUCGAGCUGGGCAUGGUGCGGCCUGGGACUUUGCGUCGCGGUCCAUGUUCAUCUUUGGAGGUAUCAUGAAUGCAUCAGUGGCAACCGGUGGAAAGCUGAGCUACGACCAGGGCCUCUACAAGUUCAGCGAUUUGACAGGCACGUGGACUGAGCUGGAAACUGGAGCCGGCCUGGCCGAACCUUCGGCUCGCACAGGCCAUGCUCAGAUUUGGGAUGCACGGUCCCGAGGUCUUCUUGUCUUUGGCGGCUUCAAUGCGUCCUAUCUAGACCAGACAUGGCGUUAUGUCGUCGGCCAGGCUUCCCCGCCUUUGGUUUUGACGUGCCAGCUGGGCCGAGCCUGUCUAUUGGACUUGGGUGGUCUCUCUGGCCCAAUCCGCGUGAAGCAUACAUGCUCUCAUUCCAGCACCUUAGCCGGCUUGGAUCCUGAGCAGUUGGACGACGGCCGUUGGGCCAUAGGGGCAAAUUCAAGCAUGCCUCUGAUAGCCGAGCCGGGAGAUCACCGCAUCUGCACUUGUGCUGAAGGUGACGGCUACAGCAGCUGCAGUCAACCAGCUGAUUUUGCAGUAGCCUUGGGUCAUCUCAUCAUCGAAGGCCCAUACCCAAACCAGUCAGCCCUGUGCUACCUGGGCUUGGAUUGCACCAUCUCUGGCUGGAAGGGUGUCGGCAUCUCUUCAAAUGACAGCAUAGUCGUGCAGAGAGAGUGUCAGACACUGCAAGCAUCAGAAACCCAAAGUCAUGGACUUGUCCCUGUUCGGUUCAAUGACUCCACGCACUCCUUCGUUCUGGACUUGGGUUACAUUGAUCCGUCCGGUGGACUCCGGACUCUGGAGCUUUGCUGGUGCCCGGCAAACUUGCCGUGUGCUUCCAUGAUGGAAUUCCGUAUUUCGGCCCUCCAACUGCAUCUCGAGUGUCCUCCUGGCCAGCAUGAAAUUGGUGCUGCCGUUGGUGCUGCCUGCCAGCAGUGCCCAACAGACCACUAUUGUCCAGGAGGUCAGCUGUCACAUUGCAAAUGCUCCACCGGGCGUUACUGGAGUCCCGAAGCUGGGGCUUGCCUGACGUGCCCUGCAGGCUCCACCACCGAGGAGGGAGCGACGGCGCUGGACUCCUGCUUCUGCAUGGGCGGCUUUUGGAAUACGCAGCCCGGCAGCCCUUCCAUCUGCGAGGCUUGCGGCGCCGGCUUCUUCUGCACGGGUGGCCUUCACAGGGAGCCGUGUGCUGCAUUUCAGACCACGGCAACAGAGACAGCCAGCAGCCGCUCCCAGUGCCUCUGCGCCCCCGGUGCCUUCCUGCUGGGUGGUGCUUGUGAAGUUUGCCCUGCUGGGCGCUUCAAGAGCGGCACCGGAAACUUGCCGUGCGAGGAGUGCGUGGUCGGCACGUGGAGCAACGACACCGGGGCAGUCGAGAAUGUUUGCGCCCCCUGCAUGGUUGGGUCGACCACGGAGGCGGCAGGAGCCCGAGACCUCGACAGCUGCGUACGUCCAGACGUGGGCCAUCGGCGCACAUGCGUCUCGGGCAGGGUGUGCGAGGUCGAUGGGCUUUCGGGCUAUGGGCUGCGGGCUGGGCAUCGGAUGGUGCUGAGCCGUUCGCCCUGCGAUGGGUCAAAAACUGCCUUGCCCGGUGUCUCUCAGAAUGCCUUCUCGCAUCCCAGUACAGAUGGUCAGCGAUACGUUUGGGGUGACGUGCUGCAGGACUUCACCCCAGAAGGUGGCACGGUGAAUUUAUGCUGGUGUGCAGGCAUGGCUGAGCUUAGCUGCUCAGAUAUCAACCUCAACUUCUGGCUGACGGCCGGGGAGCUGUCGGUAGUGGGGCCCAUUCAAGACAACUACUUCGAGUGCGUUCGUGGUGAUGACUGUGAUUCCCUGAGAUCCUUUCGAGGCCACGGCCUCCUGGCCUCAGAUGGCGUCGCGGCUCGCCGCGUGCAGUGCGGAGGAAAGCAGAGUGUGGCCCUGUCUCGAUUGCUUGCCGAUGGCAUCGGCCAGCUCCAAGAUUCUGGAGGCGACCUGGCUCUCAGCUUUGGUAAGUCCACUUCGACUGAGGACUUCUGGUUGACCGCAGAUGCCAGUGAGGGCUACUUGCUGUGCUGGUGUGGCGUGUCAGGUAUGAUAGGUGGCCAGGGUGGCCAGGCAUGCUCACAUCCUGAGGAGUACGCCGUGCCGGCAGGGCAGCUGCGCAUCGUAGGUCCCAGAACCAACCAGGAGGACAGCUGCUCGAUCGGUCAGUACUGCGCAGUGCAUGUUGAGGGCGUUGGGGUGCAGCCGGGGGAUCGCCUGAUGGUUCUGAACGAUUGUGGACACGGCUCAUCUGUUGCGGGCUUCCCUGGUGGUGGCAUCGCGGAGACAAAUGACACGGAGCGCUACGAAUUCUUGCUUUCUCCGUUGGAGGACAGCAUCCUGCUCGCCACGCCUGGUAUCUAUCGGAUAUGCUACUGCAGAGCCGGGAGCCAUGGUGACUGCACUUCUGGAAUCCACUUUAAGGCCGUGGUGGGGCUGAUGACGGUGCAGGGGCCCUUUGCCAGGAGCCACCUCUGCACAAUCGGCCGCAGCUGUGCUGUGGCCCUGUCCGGCAUUGGGCUGGCCUCGUUGGACCUCCUACUGGUCAGUGCAGGUGACUGUGGGUCAGGCUCGGCGUUUAGCCAUCUCGAGGCCGUGCCCCUGCAGCGACGGGAAGGCUCGGGCUCGGAUCUCGAAGCCAGCCUUGGGACCUUGCCCAGCGAUGCACGCCCGGGCAUCUACCAGCUUUGUUGGUGUGCACGAGGCUCCCACUGUGAGCAGUCUGGACGCUUUGGCGCCCCUUCCGGGCUCCUGGUGGCCGCAUGCCCGCCCGGAAGCUUCACCAAUGAGCACUUGGCUACUUGCAGCCGAUGCACACGAGGAUACUUCUGUCCAGGCUUUGGAGAUGCGCAAGCUUCCCAGGCGUGUGAGGCCUGCAGCGUGGGCUUCUACAAGGCAGACGCCGGUCCAGGGAGCUGCUUCCCAUGCCAGGAGAACUUCACGACCCACAGCGCCGGUGCUAGGUCCAACAGCUCCUGCAUUCCGGAGACUUCCUUGCAAGUCCAAGGACUGGACGGGGGUUUCUCGAACACCACCAAGGUCCCUACGCUGACCCUGAACGUGUCCGUCCUGAACGUGCCGGAUGCAGGUGCGCCAGGCGAGGAUGAAGUUCAGGAGUUUCUCCGGCAGGUGCUUCUGAUCGCGCUGUCAAAUGCAGCCCGGCUUCCUGCUGGUGCUGUGCAAGUCCGGUUCGCACAUGUGCGCCUCAACACAGGCUCAGGGAGGCGUUUGUCUUCGGCCGUGUUUGCGGUGGACCUGAGGUACCGCACUGUGGCAGAGGCCGAGCUGGCCAGCAGUGACCUGGACUUGGCCGCCUUGAUGUCGGACGUGCAGACAUCCCUCCAAGAAGAUCCGCGGGGCGAUGGCUUGGUGCUUCAGGUGUCAGAGCUGCAGGUGACGUCUGUGGACUUGGAAUGCCCGUCGGGCCACUCUGUGCCGCCCGGCAUUGUUCCGCUCGGCCCCGCGGAGUGCGAGUGCAGUCCCGGCUAUGGCUUUGCAGGGGGCGAGUGUCAGCCAUGCCUCCAGGGCGAGUACAAGCCGACAGUGGGCAACGCUUUGUGCACAAGCUGCCCACCCGACAAGACCACGUCGGGAAAGGCAGCCACCUCGGAGCUUGAGUGUGGCUGCCAGCACGGCCUUGCUGCGGAUGGACGCGCUUGUGUAGACUGCCAGCCCGGCUUCUUCUGUCCCGGCGGUGGCGAGGCUGUCAGGUGCCCGGAGGGGGCGACUUCGGGUGCAGGAGCCAGUGGACCAUCGGACUGCAUUUGUCAAAGUGGUCGCUACAGCUCGGGAUCCGCUUGUGAGCCUUGCCAGCCCGGGCGCUACAAGCCUGCAGAGGGCAACUCCCAAUCAUGCCCUUUCCAGUGCCCCACAAGUGCCCAGAGCAAGAACGGGUCUGCCAGUUUUGCUGAUUGCUUCUGCGAGCCGGAAUUCCAUGCUGUCCUUGAUUUGGCCGGGUUUCUCGCACGAUGUGCGAGCUGUGCAACCUUCACAAACCUGCGCUGCCCCGGUGGCUUCCACGAGCAAACCUCCAUGCAUCGACUGCCAGUUGCCAGGCCGGGAUUCUUCCAAACGGCCGAGCUCACAGCUUUCAAAUGUAGCGUCGUCCUGGAUGGGGGCCUGAGUGCCUGCCUGGGUAGCGACCUGUGCCAAGGGGGCUCAGGAGACGAGUGCAUUGGCAAGUAUGGAAACCGUUGCGACGAGAGCGCGACGGGCUGGCUCUGUGGUGAGUGCCUGCCAGGUUGGGCCAGGACCUCUUUCCGAGCUCCCUGCCAGGAAUGCGCGCAGCAUGUUGCGACGCUUUCCCUCAUCACCUCGGUCUUUGCAGAUGUGGGUACAAAGGUGGUCUUUAACUUCGUAGUUGCGGCCAUGGCAGCCACUUCUUCUGUGAGAGGCAGCAGCAAGCUCCAUACCAUCAUGAUUCGUAUCGCCACGCAGUGGUUGGCCACUUGCUCCGUGCUGGGGAGCUUUGAGUUGGACCAGAUAGAAUCCCAGUGGGGUGAGGAUUCCUUGUCCGGCAUUCCCAUUCGCUGGCCAGUGGAGGUGACGACGGCAAUGCGGGGCCUGUUCCAGUCUUUGUCCUUGACUCCUGCACUUGUCUCCAUCGAGAUGGCCGUGCAAUGCCAGGCACAGGAGAUGUCACUUGAUCAAGUGAGGCCAAUGGCUGCGCGGGUGGCUCUGGGCAUAUACUACCUAGUGCUGCCUUUGCUGGCCAUGCUCGGCACUGUGAUACUGUCCUGGCUGGUGACCUACUUGCUGGUGCCUUUGGCGCACAAACUCGGCUAUUCUUUCAAUGAAGCAGGGAGGCGACGCCAGGCUCGCGCCAAGGCAUUGCAGCAGCUUCGUGAGGCUGCCCACGCGGUCCUUCGGCAGGCGAAGCUCCCUGAAGAUAUCUGGGUGGAUGUGGAGCAGUCUCGCGCCCUGGAGCUGCCCCGAGCGCAGCUGCAAGCAGCCUCCAAGCAGGCAGACGCUUGGCUACGUGAGGUCCUGCUGGCCUCGCCGUCGCUGCUGCGGAAAGCUUGCCUGGCCCGUGCCAGGGUGCUGUGCGAAGAGAGCUUUGGUACUUGUACGCGGGAGGAGCCUGCUUUGGUUCUUGACGCAUUUGGCGGCCCUCAACUUUUGGAGCUCGCCAGCGAAGCUGAAGACCUCGCGAGCUUCCUGGACCAGGUCCUCGAAGGUUGGCACAGUCAUGGGCAUGAUGGGCAUUAUGGGCACUCUCAGCUCGAGUCCGUUGCUGCUGAAAGUGAGGCGGAGCCUUCAGACCCCAAGGUGGACGAGGCAGGUGUGGAAGAUCUCGAAGUACGCGAAGUACCCGAAGCACCCGAAGCACCCGUCUCCGAGCUCAAGACAGACUUCGACUUGGACAUUGAAGUGGACGAGGUCUUGGACUCGCUGGACCUGGGGCUGUUUACCCCGAAGCCUGGCUUCCGUCAGCUGAUCGAUCAGAGCCUUCCCAUCAUUUGGGUCGUGCUCGUGUCCCUGUGGCCAGGGCUUUUGUCCAGCUUCCUGCAAAUGAUUUGGUGUGUGGCAAUUCCGGAGGACGAUCGGCUUGUGAGCCGCCUACUUCCGCAUCCCGACGUUGAGUGCUGGACAGACGCCCACCGCCCGUCUGCCAGCAUUGCCUUUGCGGGCCUGGCAGUGUGGUGCGUGGGUAUCCCCCUUGCGCUUGCCGCGAAGGUUCUCAGCCUAGCGGAUCGGAGGGCGCCGGAAAACUACAGGCGGUUCGGCUACUUCUUGGAGGGAUUGGAGCCCAAGUUCUGGUGGUGGGAUAUCCUUGUGAAGCGGGUCGACGUGGGCCUGAUGAUGCUGGUGACGUACACCUCGGCUGUGCGCGAUCCCGAAGCUAAGUUGAUGGUGCUGCCGCUGCUUUCCGGCUUCCAGGCAAUCUUGGCUGCCUGGGUCAAACCCUAUGCGAAUGAUCAGGCCGAGGUGCUGGAUGUGUUGGAGGUGACGUUGGCCUGCGUCCGGGUUUGCUUGUUUACUUCGAUCGCGGCCUUGAUCCUUCUGAACCCUCCAGAAGAGACCACCUUGGGCUUGGCCUACUUGCUCUUCUUCCUUGUAUUGCUAGCCUGCGGCUACUUACUCGUCCACAUUGUGGCCCAGCUGCUCCGCAAUGCUUCGGCUUUCAUCCCGGAGCCAGAGAAAAUGAUGCCGAUGAGGUUUCUAGGAGCGGUGACACAGUUCGUGGUUCAGCUGUUCGUGCCUUUGUUUUGCCCGGGCGAGUCCGACAUGCUUCGGCUAUCGUGGACAUUCAGAGCCGAUGCGAUCAUUGCGGUUGCACCACAAUCCAUAGUGCAGACGUCAGGCCACCACUUGCGCUUGAAGUCGUUGCUGAAGCGGGGACGCGCCGCUGUUUUGCGAUUUGGACCUUCUUUCCAGCGUGUCGUCCUCAAGAAGGCCAAGGAAGAGUUCAUGGACUUGUGGUUGGAACAACUUGGGCAAGCUGACUUACCCUGGGAAGGCCUCAUCAUUUGUGUCCUGGCCACGGCUCACAAGACCCUCCCACGACUCGUUGCCAAAAACCGCAUUGGCGCUGUGUGGAUGUCGCGCAUAGAAGCCCUUACAUCCCUCACCGACUCUGAUGCGCUGACCUGCAGCCCAGAGGAUUUGUCUCUAGCCAUACGGUGCUUGGGGCAGAUGCCUUCCGAUGACGCCGUGCAGCUGGUACAUCGCGUCAUGAAGUUGUGUGCAGAUCGGCGGCAUUCGGAGGACGAUCUUCUAGAGAUGUAG